GCCUCCAGGGGCGGAGCGGCGCGAACCGACGCGGAACCGGCUUUUUCCUCUUUGCUGCAGCGUGAUUGGUCUUCGGUUCAGGGAAGCGACCAAUGAACGUGCUCGGGGAGAGCGGCGAGGCCAAUAUGGCUUCCCACACCUGAUGACGGUCGAGGAAACUGAGUUAGGUCGCAUGGAGAAGCCGCAGAGCCUGGAGGAGACUCCCUCUCUAGAGCCGAUGGAGGAAGAAGAGGAAGACGACGACCUAGAGCUAUUUGGUGGCUACGACAGUUUCCGGAGCUACAACAGCAGCGCGGGCAGUGAGAGCAGCUCCUAUCUGGAAGAAUCAAGUGAAGCCGACAAUGAGGAUCGGGAAGCAGGGGAGCUGCCCACCUCCCCGCUGCAUUUGCUCAGCCCUGGGACUCCCCGCUCCGUGGAUGGCAGUGGUUCUGAGCCAGCUGUCUGUGAGAUGUGCGGAAUCGUGGGGACGAGGGAAGCUUUCUUCUCCAAGACCAAGAGGUUCUGCAGCGUCUCCUGCUCCCGGAGCUACUCCUCCAACUCUAAGAAAGCCAGCAUCCUGGCGAGACUUCAGGGAAAACCGCCCACAAAGAAAGCCAAAGUCCUACACAAGGCAGCCUGGUCCGCCAAAAUUGGAGCCUUCCUCCACUCCCAAGGGACAGGACAGCUGGCAGAUGGGACACCAACGGGACAAGAUGGCUCCUCGGGGUGCAGCUCCUCAUGGACCCCCAUCCUGGACACUUGCUCUUUCUGCUCUGCAGCUCUGGUCCUGGGUUUUGACUGGGGGAAGUUCCUGAAGGACCACAGCUACAAGGCCGCACCCGUCAGCUGCUUUAAACAUGUCCCACUCUACGACCAGUGGGAAGACGUCAUGAAGGGGAUGAAGGUGGAGGUGCUCAACAGUGACGCGGUGCUCCCCAGCCGGGUGUACUGGAUCGCCUCUGUUAUCCAGGCGGCAGGGUAUCGGGUGCUGCUGCGGUAUGAAGGCUUUGAAAACGAUGCCAGCCAUGACUUCUGGUGUAACCUGGGCACCGUGGAUGUGCACCCCAUCGGCUGGUGUGCCAUCAACAGCAAGAUCCUGGUGCCCCCUCGGACCAUCCACGCCAAGUUCACCGACUGGAAGGGCUACCUCAUGAAGCGGCUGGUGGGCUCCCGGACGCUGCCCGUGGAUUUCCACAUCAAGAUGGUGGAGAGCAUGAAGUACCCCUUCCGCCAGGGCAUGCGCCUGGAAGUGGUAGACAAGUCCCAGGUGUCACGGACUCGCAUGGCUGUGGUGGACACAGUGAUCGGUGGUCGCCUUCGGCUCCUCUAUGAGGAUGGUGACAGUGACGACGAUUUCUGGUGUCACAUGUGGAGCCCCUUGAUCCACCCAGUGGGAUGGUCACGGCGCGUUGGCCACGGCAUCAAGAUGUCAGAGAGGCGGAGUGACAUGGGCCAUCACCCCACCUUCCGGAAGAUCUACUGUGAUGCCGUCCCUUACCUGUUCAAGAAGGUACGGGCCGUCUACACUGAAGGUGGCUGGUUUGAGGAGGGGAUGAAGUUGGAGGCCAUUGACCCCCUGAACCUAGGUAACAUCUGUGUGGCGACCAUCUGCAAGGUCCUCCUAGACGGCUACCUGAUGAUCUGUGUGGAUGGGGGACCCUCCACGGAUGGCUCCGACUGGUUCUGCUACCACGCUUCCUCCCAUGCCAUCUUCCCAGCCACCUUCUGCCAGAAAAAUGACAUUGAGCUCACACCUCCGAAAGGGUACGAGUCCCAGACCUUUAACUGGGAGACCUAUUUGGAGAAGACCAAGUCCAAAGCAGCUCCGUCGAGACUCUUCAACAUGGACUGCCCCAACCAUGGCUUCAAGGUGGGCAUGAAGCUAGAGGCCGUGGACCUGAUGGAGCCCCGGCUCAUCUGCGUGGCCACAGUGAAGCGGGUGGUGCACCGGCUGCUCAGCAUCCACUUCGAUGGCUGGGACAACGAGUACGACCAGUGGGUGGACUGCGAGUCCCCCGACAUCUACCCCGUGGGCUGGUGCGAGCUCACUGGCUACCAGCUGCAGCCGCCAGUGGCCACAGAACCGGCCACACCACUGAAGGCCAAAGAGGCCACAAAGAAGAAAAAGAAACAGUUUGGGAAGAAAAGGAAAAGGAUCCCACCAGCCAAGCCCCGCGCCCUCAGACAGGGCUCCAAGAAGCCCCUGCUGGAGCACGAGCUGCAGGCUUCAGGGAAGGUCGAGUCGGAGCCCGGGCCUGGCGAGAGUAAGAGUUCCCGGGGGUCCAGGCAGGGCCGGCCUGCGCUGCGCAGCUCGGAGGCGACCUCUCCAUCCCGGCCUGGGCACAGAAGAGAAAGCCAAGUCAUCGCCGUGUGUGUGAAGGAGGAACACCUGGACACGGCCUUGCCCGACAAGACCCCUGGUCUGCAGCUGCCCAUGCCCGUGGAGAACAUCAAGCAGGAGAUGGACCAUUGAGCCGGCGCAGAGCCUGUCGGGCAGCCACCCUGAGCCAGGCAGCAGAGGUCACCCUCUGCUCCUGUCCCUGGAGCUGGAGGCCGAGUCUGACAUAAAACAAUCCUGCCUGCUGUGCAGGGCCCGGGCUUGGAAGGUCCAGCCUAGGGCUCCGUGGUCUGCCCUCUGGGCAAGGCCUCUGCAACCCGAGCUGCCUGAGGCCCCCACGCCAGUCUGUGUGACAGCCUCUGCACCCUGAGUUUUCCAAGCAAUCACACUUGCUGCCUACUUUUUUUUCUUUUGUCAGUGCUGGGAAUUGAACACACUGCACACACCCUGAGCUACAUCCCCAGCCCUUUUUCCAUUUUUUGAGACAAGAUCUCCAUAAGUCACUAAUUUGCCCAGCAUGGGCUCAGAUUUAUAGUCCUCCUGCCUCAGCCUCCUGGAGCAAUGGGAUCACAGAUAGGUGCCACUGCACCCCUAGUUCCGCUCUCCCCAUACCCUCAAUGCUGGGCCAUGCGGCCAGAAGCAACUGUGUGCCCACCUUCAGACACCCGAGCUGACAAAGCCAGCUGUGGGGCAGGAGCAGCCUCUGCCUGAGAGGGAGCCAAGCACCAAGCCUCAUCUGGGGUCACAGUGCCGGUCACCCUGGGGACCCCACUGUGGUGGGCAGCUAAGAAGCAGUGACCAGGAUAGUGGAGUUUGGUGACCUGUAAGGUGCCCUGAGCCUUGUCCCUGGGCACGGGCACUGCCACUUUCAGUGGAGGCCAGGACCCUGCGACACCAGGAGCACAAGGUGGCGACCCCGGCUAGGACCUGACAUUUCUGUUCUCUGGCAGACCAGAAUCAUGCGUGGCCUUGGUACAGGGUGUGGCCAGCAGGAUAGCACCCCUGCUCCAGAAGGGGGGACACACACUGCUGGCUGGGUGUCACUGCCCUCAGGCCCUCUUCCCGCGCCUCUAAACUGCAUCCUGAGAGCUCA